AUGUCUGAGAAGCGUACGCUGAUAGCUGCAAUAGCUGACGAAGACACCACGACGGGACUGUUGUUGGCGGGAGUCGGCCAGAUAACUCCAGAGACCCAAGAUAAGAACUUCUAUGUGUAUCAGGAGGGAAAGUCGACUCGUGAGCAGAUCACCAAGGCGUUCGAUACGUUUACGGCAGACCGUGAUGACAUUGCCAUCUUGCUGAUCAACCAGCACAUCGCAGAGCUCAUCAGAUCGCAUGUGGAUAACUUUACCAGUGCUUUCCCAGCGAUCCUCGAGAUCCCAUCCAAGGACCAUCCAUACGACCCGGAGAAGGAUUCUGUGUUGAAAAGGGUUAGGAGACUAUUUGGCGAGUGA